CCUUGAAUACACGGCAACAACACUGCCGUCAGAGAGAGAGAGACGGAGAGAGAAGGAGACACACACACACACACAGAGAGAGAGAGACUGGCUGCUUGUUGGGGGGAGCAAAGGGAGCCUUCGACGCUGCGGAUAUGAACUGAAAAAGAAACACUGGAAGAGGCACGGACCGUGUUUCCUACAUCCCCCCCUCCGACAAUUCUCCUGUAAAAAAGGUGGAGAGCUAGCCUCCCCCACCCCCCGGCCCCCAAAACAAAACCCUCCUCUCUCUCCCCUCCACCAGUUCGUAUUGAGAUAGAGCUACCCACCCCAAAAAAGCCCGGACCGAACCCCCCCUCCUGCUCCUGCUGCUCCACCCCUCCACCGCUCCGGCAACCGAGAUGCACACGGAGACCCGUAACAAGAAAUGCCAGUCGACUCCUAAGCAGAAGAAGAGACCGGUCGGCGCCCAGAAGACGCUGAGGAGCGCCGCCAAGCAGAGCGCCGUGACCAAGCUGCAGCAACCGCCGUCAUCGCCGCCGCCGGCAGAGGAGGAGGAGGAGGAGGAGGAAGAGGAGGAGGAAGAGCCGGCGACCAGGCCGCAGGAGGAGGAGGAGGAGGCGGCAGUCAAGGAGGAGCGAGAGGAAGUGGCUACACAGUCGGUGAAAAAGAAGAAGAAGAAGAAGAAGAAGAAGAAGAAGAAGGAGGAGGAGGAGGAGGAGGAGGAGGAGGAGGAGGAGGAGGAGGAAGAAGAGGAGGAGGAGGAGGGCGGUACAGCCAUGCCCUCUGUACAGAUCAAACCAGAGCCGGAAGAGAUGGAGUGCACGCGGGCGGACGUCGCCGACGACUGCUCGCAGCCGACGGACCUCAAGGUGAAGACGGAGCCGGUUUGCAAGACGGAGCCCUCCUCGCCGGAGCCGAGCCCGGCCGAGGACCAGACGGAGCCCGUGGACCUGUCGCUCCACAGGCCCCGCUCCUCCUCCAAACCCCCCGCCUUCACGACCAGCAUCACGGUCAACCCGGCGCCCAGCGGGCUCAUGACCCAGCCCGGCCUGUCGGUUACCCCGAUGUCCACCACGCUGCAGACGAUAGGCUCCAUGGUCCUCUCUCCGGGCUCCAUCUUGGCCACUCAGGGCGCCGGGGGCCAGCAGAUCCUCCACGUCAUCCACACCAUCCCCUCCGUCAGCAUGCCCAGCAAGGUGGGCCAGCUCCAGACCAUCCCCGUGGUGGUGCAGUCGCUGCCCGUCGUCUACACCACCAUGUCUACUGACGGCGUCGCCACGGCGGCCAUCACGGUGCCGCUCAUAGGCAGCGACGGGCGCUCGGAAGGAUCUGUUCGCAUCAAGCCGGGUUCGACGUCCCCGGUGGAGUACCAGAGCGACAGCGACGCAGAGAGCGGCACGGAGUCCGGCUCGGCCUCCCUCAGCGCCCAGAGCCUCGACGCCGGGUCGGUCAUGGACCUGGAGCCCGUGGACCCGGAUUCUCCAGACAUCAAGAGGAGGCGGAUCCACAUGUGCGACUACGAAGGCUGUAAAAAAGUUUACACCAAGAGUUCCCACCUCAAAGCCCACAGGAGGAUACACACAGGAGAGAAACCCUACCACUGCACGUGGGAGGGCUGCACCUGGCGCUUCGCCCGCUCCGACGAGCUGACCCGGCACUUCCGCAAGCACACGGGGAUCAAACCGUUCCGCUGCACCGAGUGCGACCGCUCCUUCUCCCGGUCCGACCACCUGUCUCUGCACCGCCGCCGCCACGUCAUGAUGUGAACUCUGCCCCCCCCCCCCCCCCAUCAACCUC